AUGAUUAAGGACUAUUAUAACAACCUUGAUAAUAUUGACAAACGUAUCUUCUCAUCUCUCUUGCAGUUUCCUGAAAAUGCUGUUUUCAAGAGAAGGGAAAUCGCUCUCUGGUUCUCUCAGUAUGGUGAUUAUCGUUGGAAUUCAGUUUGGGUUGAUUCUAUUUUGAAAAGUAAAGUAAUUGUACCCCAUGGUAAUGGCAAGUCUCCCAUUGCGAGUAAAUUUAAAAUUAAUCCGUUGCUCCGUCACAAGUCACUAAGUCCAUUGUUUCAAAAUCAGGAAGUGCCGUUUUGUGGUUAUUAUUCACAAAUAAAGACCUCAUCUUCAUCUCGUGGCAGUGAUAUUGGGUAUGGACGUUUAAUACUUGACCAACGUAAUAUUGGGUAUGGACGUUUAGUACUUGACCAACGUAAAAUUAAAAUAAGUGAUGGUUUUGGUUUUAAAUCGUUCCGUGCUGUUUAUAAUUUUGGUGCAAGUUAUCUUAAUUUUGGACCCGGAUGGAUGGCCAAAAUGAAGUAUUUGCAGGUGCUUCAACUUGGUCGUUUCAUGCAAGAUUCACCAAAACAUCAUAUUGAAGUGGACAGUGAAGAAUUCCUCAAGGAGUUGAGUGGUCACGAGGAUUUGCUCUGUCUUAGCCUUCGAGGGAUAUCAAGAAUAUUCGAGCUUCCACCUUCCAUCGUAAAAAUUGAGAGCCUAGAAAUUCUAGAUCUCAAGGCCUGUCACAAUCUAGAAACGCUACCUAGUGAUAUUUCAUCAUUGCAAAGUCUCUGGUAUUUGAAUUUGUCUGAGUGCUACUUGUUGGACAGAAUGCCAAAGGGGAUUGAGAACCUGACUAGGCUUAAGGUACUGAAGGGAUUUGUAUUAGGUAGUUCUAGCAAGACUCCCUGCAGAAUAUCUGAUAUUGCUGCAAAUUUGAAAAGACUAGUGCGACUCAGCAUACGUAUAGGAAGUGGGGCUGUGAUCCAAGAAGGCGAGUUUGAAAGCUUGAAAAAGUUGUCAGAACUUGAGCAUCUAAAAAUAUCAUGGGGUGUAUUUGACACAAGGUACAUUGAUAUUCAGAUAAGUGUGCCUUCAAGUUUGAAAAAGUUGCAUCUUGAAGGCUUUCCUGGCCAAAAUAUUCCAGAAUGGUUGAAGCCUAGCAAACUACCUCAAGAAUUGGAAUUGAGAGAGCUACAUAUAACAGGAGGAAAACUCAAAAGUUUGGAUCAUGGGGAAAAUAAUGAUUGGGUUGUGGAGAUGGUGUAUCUCAAGUACCUAAAGGAUUUGGAUGUUGACUUGGAACAUUUGCAAAAGUUGUUUCCUUCUCUAAGGUACGUAGAAAUAAAACAAAUCUUAAACCAGCCAUACCUUGAAUGGAGCAUUAAUUGA